GGGGAGGUGGAGAAAAGAGAGAAGGAGGUGGAGAAAGGGGAGCCGGAGAAAAGAGAGAAGGAGAUGGAGAAAGGGGAGCCGGAGAAAAGAAAGAAGGAGCCGGAGAAAAGAGAGAAAGAGCUGGAGAAAGGGGAGGUGGAGAAAAGAGAGAAGGAGGUGGAGAAAGGGGAGCCGGAGAAAAGAGAGAAAGAGGCGGAGAAAGGGGAGCUGGAGAAAAGAAGGCGGGAGAUGGAGAAAGGGGAGCCGGAGAAAAGAAAGCAGGAGAUGGAGAAAGGGGAGCCGGAGAAAAGAAAGCAGGAGCUGGAGAAAAGAGAGAAGGAGGCGGAGAAAGGGGAGCCGGAGAAAAGAAAGAAAGAGCUGGAGAAAGGGGAGCCGGAGAAAAGAAAGAAAGAGCUGGAGAAAGGGGAGCCGGAGAAAAGAAAGCAGGAGGCGGAGAAAAGAGAGAAGGAGGCGGAGAAAGGGGAGCCGGAGAAAAGAAAGAAGGAGGCGGAGAAAGGGGAGCCGGAGAAAAGAAAGAAGGAGGCGGAGAAAGGGGAGCCGGAGAAAAGAAAGAAAGAGCUGGAGAAAGGGGAGCCGGAGAAAAGAAAGAAGGAGGCGGAGAGGAGGGAGGUGGUGGAGCUGCCGAGGUCGGAGCCGGUUCCGAGGUCGGUGGUUGAGUUGUUGGACAGGUUGAGGGAGGCGGAGAGGAGGAUAGAUGGGUUGAUGGAUGGUGGUUUGGAGGAGGUGAGGGUGGAGAGGCCGAUGAGUUGCGUGAAGAGGGCGACGGGUCCGGCGGGUCGUCGUCGAGCGAAGGAUUUGAGGAGUUUGGCGAUAGAGACGGUGGACCCGAGUGGAGGAGGGGUGAUGGAGAAGGGGAGGAAGUUGAAGGUGGAGGAGGAGAGGGUGCAGAAGAGGGUGAAGUACACGAGCGAGGAGGUGUACGACAAGAGGUGUCCUAGUUUGGUGCAGAUCAAGGGUCGUCGGCACUUGGUGGUGCGCCAGGUGGAGUUAUCGGUGGCGUCGCUGAACGAGGGCGACGUGUUCGUGUUGAUGGACGGGAAGAGGGGGAUUUUUCAGUGGAACGGGAGCAAGGCGAAUCGGAUAGAGAAGGGGAAGGGGUUGGACUUGACGAGGAGCUUGAGGGACGAGGAGUGCGCGGGGGCGGCGGACGUGGGUGGAGAUGUUGGACGAGGAGAAGUGUUACGUGUUGGAUGCGGGGAGCGAGUUUUUCGUUUGGUGCGGGAAGAAGUCGAGGGUGGAGAUGCGUCCGAGGGUGUUGAGGGUGGCGUUGAGGUUGAGGUCGAAGAGGAGCGCGGAGGGGAGGUGGUGCGCGCCGGUGAGGAGGGAGGUGUCCGGCGGGGAGUCGGUGCUGUUCCGAGAGAAGUUUUUGAACUGGGGCGUAUCGCCGCUGACGCGGAGGAGGCGUUCGGGGACGUGCGGGUGAACAGAGAGAGCGACUUUUUAGAGAUAUGGAGGGUUUCCGGGUUCAAGAAGGUGGAUUUGGACCGCGGAAAGUAUGGGAUGUUCUGCACGAAGGACUCGUACAUUGUGCUGUGCAAGUGCAUGAAAGGGAACCUGGAGGCGUACUUGAUCUUCUAUUGGCAGGGAUACAAGUCCACGAUCAACGAGAAGGGCGUGUCGGCGGCGUUGACGACUGACCUGAACAAGUGCAUGAAAUCCGACUCUUUGGUGCGAGAAAUUCGAGUGUCUCAGAACCAAGAGAGCAAAUUUUUUUUGUCGCUGUUCGACCGCCAGCGGUACGCGGUGGAACAGGACUCGGGCAAGACUAGCUUCCCCCACCUUUUCGAGGUGCACGGGUCGCACAGGCAGCCCGGGUAUGCGAGGGCGCUCGAAGUGCGCGCGGCGAAGGCGUCGCUGAAGAGCGACUGUUGCUUCGUGCUGCUCUCCUCGAAGACCAGGGCUUACGUUUGGAGGGGCAAGUACGCGAGCGACGAGAACUUCGACUACGCCAAGCAGGUCUCCGAGUGGAUCUCGAAGUUCUACUGCAGGAAGCACCUGAGUUCGAUCGCCCAAGUUCAGGAGGCUCAGGAGCCCGCCGACUUCUUCGGGCGGUCCAAGCUGGACCUGUCCGUUCCCUACGUGCCUCUGACUCACCCCGUGGUCGCCAGCCGCCUGUUCCACGUGACGGACGUCUCCGGGCCUUCCGGCGUGGUCGAGAUCCCGCCGCCCUUCUCCCAGGCCGACUUGAACUUCAAAGACUGCUUCUUCCUGGACGCCUUCGACCGGUUCUACGUCUGGCAGAAAGGCGCUCGCGCCAACCACCUCCAGAAGUGCGCCAACCUCGCGCUCGAGUAUGCGAAGCUCGCCAAAGAGUCUCGCUCCAGCCACUGUCGCAAGCACGGCAUAGAGGUCUCCCUCGACGCCCAACUCGUUCAGUGCGGCUCGGAGCCCCUGUGCUUCACCCGCCACUUCAUGGCCUGGGAGUUCUCUUCCUGGCCCCCCGCCCCGGAGACGUCCAUGACUUCCGCGAGGGAAUUCCUGGCCAAGUACACGCAAGUCUACUUCUACACCGACCUCGUCCAAAAACGACUCCCCCCCGGCAUCGACGAAACCCGGCUGGAAAAGUACCUGUCCGACGACGAGUUCGAGAAAGUCUUCAACAUGUCCAGGCGCUCUUUCGAAAUGCUCCCUCUUUGGAAGGCUCAGAAGCUGAAGACCGAGAAGGGACUCUUUUGA